AUGAUUCCAGUAAAGGCCAAAAGCAAUCACCAUCUUUCCACAGACAAACUAGCCGAAAUAUGGAGGGAAGUCCAUUAUCUCAUAAUAGAUGAAAUUUCCAUGGUUUCAAAGUCCUUCCUAGCAAGAAUAUCCUCUCACAUAACCACUGCAUGCAUGGCAACUGACCCAAAUGCGCCCAUUGACUUACCAUUGGGCAGGCUGAAUAUAGGCCAUCAAAUAUACAAGCAUUUCUCUAUGGUCAUGAUUCUCAAGGAACAAUGCCAGAUAGAAGAUCCUAUAUGGAUGUGCUUCCUGUGGAGAGCUUGA